AUGGCUCCUGUUGAGACGGAGUUCUACGAUCUUCUGGGCGUGCCCGUCGAUGUCAAUGACACGGACUUGAAGAAGGCCUAUCGCAAGGCUGCAAUGAAGUAUCACCCUGAUAAGAACCCCUCGCCAGACGCCGAGGAGAAGUUCAAGGAUAUGAGUAAAGCAUACCAAGUCCUAUCAGACCCUAAUCUGCGCGCUGUUUAUGACAAGAAUGGGGCGAAGAUGACCGAGAGUGAAGGCGCAGUAAACGUUGAGGACGCUGCCGGCUUCUUUGCCAAUGUAUUUGGUGGCGAGCGCUUCAUGGACUACAUCGGCGAGAUCUCAUUAAUGAAGGAGAUGACAAGUGUCGCCACGACUAUGAUGACGGAGGAGGAGAAGGCAGAGCUGGAAAAGGAGAUGAACGGCGGCGUGACCCCUCCCGCGGACGAGACGUCCAAGGUGCAGCCCUCUACAUCCGCAGCAGACGCGACUGCACCUCCAGCAUCGGGCAGCCCGCCGCCAGCUCCUGUAUUUGGUACGACGCCGCCGGGCGCUGCUGAGCCUGCGACCGCUACUCCUGCGGGCACUGCACCGGCCAGUUCUGCCGCAAGUACGGCCGCCGCUCCGGAACGUCCAGAAUCGCAUCAUGCCGCCUCAUCAGAUAUGGUCGCACACGCUGGUACGGAGUCCGGAACCGCUACACCAACAUCGAAGGAAGAGAAGAGGCAGUCCACGCACGCAAAGACGAAGCGGCCGAAGAUGACGCCUGAGCAGCGGGCGAAACUGGAGGAGCAUGAGCGUGAACGUAAGGAAGCGAUGGAGAAGCGGAUCAAGAUGUUGACGACGAAGCUGGUCGACCGGUUAAGACCGUUCGUGGAGGCAAAGAACCCGGGCGCGGAAGGCGAUCCGGAGACGAAGGCGUUUGAGAACAGGAUGAAGUUGGAGGCGGAUGAUUUGAAGCUAGAGAGCUUUGGUGUCGAGCUUCUGCAUACGAUUGGUAGCGUAUAUAUCCAGAAGGCGACCACCUUCCUCAAAUCGCAGAAGUUCCUCGGCAUACCUGGAUUCUGGUCGAAGAUCAAGGAGAAGGGUUCUGUUGCGAAGGAGGCUUGGGGUGUCAUCGGCAGUGCUUUGAGCGUUCAGCAGGUCAUGCAGGAUAUGGAGCGGUUAGCCAGCAAAGGCGAGGUCGACGAGGAGGAGUUGAAGGCGAUGGAACUCGAUAUGACUGGCAAGAUCAUGCUCGCGUCAUGGCGAGGGACAAGAUUCGAGGUCGUGCAGGUGUUACGAGAAGUCGUCGAUAACGUGCUUAAGGAGCACGGCGUAUCGCAACAGGUGCUCCAGAACCGUGCCAAGGGCUUGUUGCUGCUUGGCGCUGUGUUUAAGAGCACAGUACCGGACGAAUCCGACGAGGAGCGUCGUGAGCUCGAGCGGAUGGUUGCCGAGGCCGCAAAGCCCAAACGCAAGGCAGCGAAGGCUCGUCACUCUGACGGCCAUAAGACCCCCGUCGGACGACCCUCAUCGCCACCAGCGCCGGCAACGGCAACGAACGCAUAG